AGAUGUCAAGAAACGAGCUCGCGCUCUGAGGAAGUGAGCCGCUAUUGGCUGCGUCCGUUUGUGUUUCUACAGGGAGAGCAGAAGGACGGCCUCUGUAAGGGCUUUAAACCUCAGUUAUUUUCUUCGCUGGCUUGUCUUCAAAAGCACCUUUACAGGUCAGAGAUGGACCUUGUGCUGAACGUUGCAGAUUAUUACUUCUUUACUCCAUAUGUGUAUCCCUCCUCAUGGCCCGAGGACGAGCCUCUUCGACAGAUCAUCGGCUUGAUGGUGGUCACCAACCUGGGUGCUGCAAUCUUAUAUCUAGGCCUGGGUGCUUUGAGCUACUUAUUUGUUUUUGACCACAAAUUAAAGCAACACCCUCAAUUUUUGGAGAACCAGGUGCAACGUGAAAUAAAGUAUGCUUUGUGGUCUUUGCCCUAUAUCAGCAUACCUACAGUAGCACUGUUUUUCGCUGAGGUCAGGGGAUACAGCAAACUGUACGACAGUGUCGAUGAAUCACCCCUCGGUUGGUCAGGGCUGAUUUUCAGCAUGGUCUCUUUCCUGUUUUUCACUGACAUGUGCAUUUACUGGAUCCACAGAUUCCUUCACCACAAGUUGAUAUAUAAGUAUUUUCACAAACCACAUCACGUGUGGAAGAUCCCCACUCCGUUCGCUAGCCACGCUUUCCACCCCGUGGAUGGAUUUCUUCAGGGCCUGCCGUACCACAUCUACCCCUUCCUCUUCCCUCUACACAAGGUCCUGUACUUAGCCCUGUAUGUGUUCGUCAACAUAUGGACCAUCUCCAUCCAUGAUGGGGACUACCGCGUGCCAAACCUGAUGGAACCAAUCAUCAACGGUUCAGCUCACCACACUGACCACCACCUCUUCUUUGACUACAACUACGGGCAGUACUUCACCCUGUGGGACCGCAUCGGAGGCUCCUACCGCUACCCUUCAGCCCUGAUGGGGAAGGGGCCGCACGACCAAAUCAAGAAACUGAUGGCAGAAGGGAAGCUGAGCUCAAACAGCAUAAACGGCCACACUAAUAAUAAUAAAAAUGGUGUUCAUGUCAAGAAAGAGUAGGUAGGCACAUAAAAGCAUCAUGAAUGGGUUUCAAGGUAAGAUUUCUGCUCUUGAAAUAUUUCUUUAUUCAUAAGAGACUCUGAAACUCUACUUAGCACUAAAAUAAUCAGUUAUGCAUACAGUUGCCAAAAG